AUGGUGAAAUGUAACACAGAGCCAAUAUAUUUUGCUAUUGACUGGUUCAUGUGUUUGUAUACACGCAAUUUGCCAUGGUCUACAGUCCUCCGUAUAUGGGAUAUGUUCUUCUUCGAAGGUGUGAAGGUUUUAUUUCGUAUAGCACUUUCUAUAUUUCAACUUUUACUGGGAGAUUCGAAUUCAAGAAGAAGAUUGAAUUCAAUGGAUAAAUUAAUGGAAUCUUUACGUAAUCUACCUAAAAAUAUAGUCGGUGAACAUGUGCUUAUUAAUCAUUCAUUUCGUUAUACAUUUAUCACUAAACAAGAACUUGUAAAACUGUAUCGAACACAACUAAAGUCUAUUGAGUUAAUAUCAUCAUCUUCAUCCUAA